AUGUACGCCGCUCAGAAUAUAACGCCAACAGUUUUGGAUGCCAUGAACGGAAAUGUUUCCGAAUGGUAUAACGAAUGCGAUAAUGCCAUUAGAAGGUCAGAAAUAGUUCCUGGAACUUACGAAUAUACAACUGCUGUUUCUUAUGGAAACGUAGGUGAGUUUGGAGAAGGUUCUUCAACAACAGUAGAUAUUGCUUGCGACAGGUUUCAUAUUAUUUCUAUUGACAACUCAUUCUUAUACGUGGAACAAGACAUUGAAAUAAAACCUUCUUCCAAGUUGUCUGACAAGAAAGGUUGCAAUGGAAUUUUCUAUGUCGGAUACCAAUAUGCUCCAGAAGUUUUCAUGGGAUAUAAGAUAUAUUCUAACUCUGACUUAGUUCAAACAGUAACAUGGGCAAACUAUGAAUGGUUCGCUUUGAGAAACUCAGUACAACCACAAGCUAGAGAACAAACAGACCAGUAUGCAACUAUUGAGAAAAUAAGAAGACUUGACCCUAACGUUCCAGGAGUUUAUGUUAACCUUUCUGGUUCAGAUGGAACUGCUGCCACUAAAGUAAAACUGAAACUUAGAGUUCCUUUGUCAUCUUUCCUCAUCUUCAGGUUUUUAA